AUGUGGUUAUCUUUCGCUGCGCCUCCCCUCGCCACCAUCCCAACAGCGUGUCUGGCUCUUCUUCUCGUCUACUAUAUCAGCACGUACUUGUUCAAGAAUAAAGACUUGUCGGAUAUUCCUGCGGCCUCGCCAUGGGCUGCUUUGACGAGACUCUGGCUUCUACGCGAAGCGAGAUUCGGUCGACGCUAUCUCACCAUCGACAAGGCGCACCAGAAGCAUGGUGAUAUGGUCCGUAUCCAGCCCAACCAUGUCUCCAUCGCCAAUGUCGAGGCCAUCAAUGCCAUCUAUGGUCAUGGGAAUGGAUUUCUCAAGAGGCAAGAGGUCCACUGUCGCAUCGACUGUCUUGACUUCUACGACGCCUUCGUCGCCGUUUCGCGCGGUCUCUUCAGCACCCGCAAUCGCGCUGAUCACACCCGCAAGCGCAAGAUUGUCUCGCACACAUUCGCCGCCAAGAGCGUCAUGCAGUUCGAGCAGUACAUGCACCAGAACCUGAACGAGCUCCUACGCCAGUGGGAUCUCAUAUGUGAGAGAGCCCCUGCAAACACCAAGUUUGCCCGCUUUGAUUGUCUCCCGUGGUUUGCCUAUCUCGCCUUCGACACUAUCGGAGACCUUGCCUUCGGCGCCCCGUUUGGCAUGUUGAGGAAUGGCCAAGACAUGGUCGAAUACAUGGACUAUCCUGGCGGUCCCUCCAAAUACAUGCGCGCCAUCGAGGCACUGAGUAGGCGCGGCGAGGCCUUUGCUGUGCUGGGAUGUCUGCCAUUUUUGAAGACCAUCAGCCAUCUCCUGCCCGACCCGUUCCUGCGACAUGGCGUCCGCUCGGGGGAACAGGUUGCGGGGAUCGCUAUAGCGCGCGUCAACGAGCGUCUUGUGUCAACAGCAACAAAUGACAACAAGCGAGUGGAUAUAUUAGCACGCUUAAUGGAGGGCAAAGACAUGAAUGGCAAACCCUUAGGCCGAGAGGAACUCACCGCGGAGGCAUUGACCCAGCUCAUUGCCGGCAGUGAUACUACCUCAAAUACUCUUACGGGUGUCUUCUAUUGGCUUCUGAAAACCCCGGGUGUUCUGCAAAAGCUCCAGGCCGAGCUCGACGCCGUUAUCCCCUCAACAACUGACGAGAUUUCUUUCCAAUCUGUCAAGGACCUCCCAUAUCUUAAGUCCUGCUUGAAUGAAGGCAUGCGUAUCCACUCCACAUCAGCCCUCGGUCUCCCGCGAGUUGUCCCUCUUGAUGGUCUGGCCGUGGAUAUUUGCGGUCACAAAUUCGAACCUGGUACCGUUUUGUCGGUACCUAACUACACGAUCCAUCGCCUCGCGAGCAUCUGGGGUAAUGACAGCAACCAAUACCGACCUGAGCGCUGGGAGAGUUUAACAGCGGAUCAAAAGAAGGCGUUUGUACCGUUUGGUCACGGACCGCGGUCCUGUGUGGGACGCAAUGUUGCGGAGAUGGAGAUGACGCUCGCGCUGGCGAGCCUAGUUCGGCGCUUCGACUUCGAGCUCUACCAGGAUAAUUUUGACACGUGGGAGGGAUUCUUGCGGAAGGGGUUUCACUGCGAGAUUGGAAUUCGUAGGAGAACGACAUGA